AUACGGAGUUCGUCACGCAAUGUCAAAGGUGUUCAUGUUAUCCAGCAGAUUACAGGCUGUGAAUGGGAUGAUGAGACGGAAAAAAUGAAUGGUUUCACUACCUUUGGAUACAAUGGAGAAGACUUCAUUGCAUUUGACAAAGACUCAGAAACAUGGAUUGCCUUAACCCCAGAAGCUGAACUCGCCAAACAAGAUUUAAAAACAAGAACUGAGGAGUAUAAGUUGUUUCACACUGUGACUUGUCCUAGUAUUUUAAAGAACUGUUUGAAACAUGCAGAGAGUUUUCUGAACAGAAAAGUUCUUCCCUCAGUGUCUCUCCUCCAGACAACUCCUUCCUCUCCAGUCAGCUGCCAUGCCACAGGUUUCUAUCCCAACAAAGCCAUGAUGUUCUGGAGGAAAGAUGGAGAGGAGAUUCAUGAAGGUGUGGUCCACAGAGAUAUGCUUCUGAACCAAGAUGGAAGCUUCCAAUUCCACAUUGACUUGAACAUUUCAUCAGUCACACCUGAAGACUGGAGGAGGUAUGACUGUGUGUUUCAGCUCUCUGGUAACAAGGAGGAAGUGGUUAUUGGACUGAAGAAAUCACUGAUCAGUACCAACUGGGGCAAAUCUAAAAUGAAAAAUAAUGAAGUGAAUACCACUCCCAUCGUUGUUGCAGUUGUUGUUCUCCUUGUUCUCAUCGUCAUUGGUGCCAUUGGAUUUACUGUUUACAAAAAGAAGAAAGAAAAACCUCUUACAUCUUCUCCUGAAACUGAUUGUGAACUCUCAGAGAGACUAAAUUCACAGACCAUACAGGACCCUGCACACUCUGUCGACACCACUUAAACAAGAGCAGAGGUGAUUAUUUUUACACCUACUGGGGCAUGUCCUCAAUCUUCGACCCAGAGUUUUUUUUUUUACUCUUAAUUAUUGUUUAUUAUUUGUUUUUGUGUUUGGUUAUUUUGUUAUUAUUUGUUGUUUAUACUUUAUUUUCUAGUUCCUUAAUCUCUUGAGUGUGUUUUUUUGUUUUUAUCUUUUGUUAUUAUUUCACUUCAUGUUUAUUUCAAUUAGUAUUCUGGUUAGGGUUUCCAUUGUUGCCUCUGUGUAAAACAGUGAUCGCUUUUAUUUUGGUUGCUGUCCUCUGUGUCUUGUUGCAAAUUUGCUUCCCCUGUCCACCUGUCCUUGUUAGUUUCAGCUGUUUCCUGUUACUCAAGUGUUUCCACUUUAUCUAUUUAGCUAAAAAAAAAAAACCAAAACUAUUCUUAAAAAGUAAAGAGAUGCAAAGAUUCGCAACAGAUAUUUGAAUCAUACAUUAGCGUCUAUAUUCUUGUUUCAUUAUCUGUAACUUUAGAGCACAGACACUGAGCAUAGACAGCAAUGCUGUAAGUAUUUAUUCUGAAAAUCACUUUGAUCGCAAUAUAAACCAUGAUUGUAAAUGCUUUACAGAAGAAGAAUUAAAAAUAUUUUUGGCCAGACAUAAUUCAUUUUCAAUA